CGCGCGCGGGCGCUGAGUGACGGCUGAGCGGCGGCCCCCGGGGAGUAACGGCAGCGGCGGCGGCGGCGGCGGCCCGGCCUGGCGGCGGGGAAGGCAGCGGCUGGGCCCCGAGCAGGCGCCAUGGCGACCACCGUCACCACGCAACGCGGUCCGGUAUAUGUUGGUGAGCUUCCUCAAGACUUUCUCCGCAUCACUCCAACGCAGCAGCAGCAGCAAAUCCAGCUGGAUGCUCAAGCAGCUCAGCAGCUCCAGUAUGGAGGCCCAAUGGGUACUGUAGGCAGACUCAGCAUUACAGUAGUACAGGCCAAAUUGGCAAAGAACUAUGGAAUGACCCGCAUGGAUCCCUACUGUCGAAUACGGCUGGGUUAUGCUGUGUAUGAAACUCCAACAGCACACAAUGGAGCCAAGAACCCUCGCUGGAACAAAGUCAUUCAGUGCACUGUUCCCCCAGGCGUGGACUCUUUUUAUCUAGAGAUAUUUGAUGAGAGGGCCUUCUCAAUGGAUGACCGCAUUGCCUGGACACACAUCACAAUUCCUGAGUCUCUGAAACAAGGCAAUGUAGAGGAUGAGUGGUACAGCCUGAGCGGGAGGCAGGGUGAUGACAAGGAAGGAAUGAUUAAUCUGGUCAUGUCCUACACGUCUUUGCCAGCCGCCAUGAUGAUGCAGCCCCAGCCAGUGGUCCUGAUGCCCACUGUAUAUCAGCAAGGAGUUGGAUAUGUGCCUAUAGCAGGGCUUGAGUACUUUGCUCUGGGGAUGCCUGCAGUCUGUAACCCAGGCAUGGUACCAGUGGCAAUGCCACCUCCAGUCAACCCUCAGCAUCUGUGUAACGAAGAGGACCUGAAAUCUAUCCAGGACAUGUUUCCCAACAUGGACAGAGAAGUAAUCCGCUCAGUGCUAGAAGCUCAGAGGGGGAACAAGGACGCAGCUAUCAACUCCUUGCUUCAGAUGGCUGAAGAAUCAUAGAUCCCCACCUCCUGCAUAGUCCCCCUCCUCGAUGCCACUUAUUUUUACUUGCCAAGCCAGGGAUUUAGCUAGAGGAAGAAUUUCCCAACAGCUUUCUGUUAGCACGUCCUCUGUGUGAAAGAUUAAACCUUUUCUCCUUGGACAUUUGGAUCUUCCUCACUUCUUUCUCAGUCUAUACAUACUCAGUUCAGCUUCUGUCCUACAAUAUAGCAUUGAAGCAUCUUUACUGUCAGCUGUGCCCUGUGUGGCUGUGUUCUGAUGGGGUGGGGAGUUAAUGCUGCUUUGUUUUCUUUCUCUCCCUCUCUUCAUAAACUUGAUCUGACAAAGUAACUCUAUGCAGUGCAGGAUUUACUACUGAUUGUUAGGUUGAAAACAAAACUCUUUAUUUGUUUUUUCUUGCAUGGAGGAUUUGCUCUUUAACCAUAAGUGAUAUGUUCAAGUAUUUAGGUUUCAUCAAGCAGCCUACUUCUGCUAGAAAUUAAAAGAAAGAUCCUUCCCUUGUCCUGUGGUGUUUAGUUAUUGCUGUGAUCUGUUCACCUGUUUCUGAAUUGAGGAGUUUUCAGUCAAUGAGCUCAGUUUCUUAGGUUGUGCUGUUAAUAUUUGCAAUGAGCAUCUUCUCUUCAAUCUAGUCAUCAGGCACCAAAGCAAUAUAUUUUACCUGGUGUGCAUCUGGGGUUUUCUCCUCCUGUGCAAUAUUGUUCUGGAUCUGUAACACCUUCACCAGGUAACUUUGAACUCCUGCAGCAUGUGCUGUAGCAGAGAAACAAGACUGAGCCCCAGCAUGCUCCCACAGUUAACUGCACUCUGAGGACUACUUCUGCAUUCCCAUGGCUCUGGCAGAGGCUAAGUGCAGAAGGAGAGGCUUUUAGACCUGAAAAAAUACUGAAGCUGCAAAGAAUUCUUGCAGGAAGCUGUAAAGAAUUAUUUCAGGUCUUACAUUUAAAAAGCAGGAACCUAUGAUCUGGUUAUAGGGCUUCUUUUUUUUUUACAUCUGUUUUUCAGCAAAAUGAUCAUUUUCUAGUAGUGAAAACAUUAUUUUUUUCCCUUGUAACCUGAGGUAAGAAGCACACAAAACAGCUUCAGAACCUUUGACUGACACGGUGAGCUGCUCAGUGAACUUAGACUACAGUUGCUGUAGUCAGUAUGUGAUUAUUUGAUGCAGUGGAAAUAAAUGCUGAGAGAAAACUUAACAUAUCUGAGUUACAAUCUGAACCUCAGAGGGGGUUGGAGGUUGCUUGUAUUUAUUGUUAGUGUCUUUACUUCUUUUUUUUUCAGCUAACAAUUCAUUUUGGACCUGCAGAAUCCUUGCCAGUGUGCCCCAGUUAACACCUGUUGGCUAAAUGGCUGCAGUGUCUGGGGUUUGUAGGUGGUGAAGUAAUGCACUUUAAAUAGUAUGCACCAAGUUUGGUUUUUUUUUUCCAGUGAUGUGCAAUGUUGCUCUUUUAUCUUUGUAAAUGUUUUGAUUUCAACUACAGUUUCUACAAUAGCCAUAGACCUUUCUAUUUUCAAGAGUUGGAAUGAAUGUACACUUGGAAAUCUAGGCUCUUGAGUGAUCCAUGAGAACAUUAAAGCCAGGUUUGGAACAGGGAAAAGGGACCUGUAUUCUCUUCUUCCCCACACUUAAAAUUCUUUUGUUAUUUGCUGAGAAGCUGAUUUUGGUUGAUUUUGUUUUUCCAUUGUUCCUACCUUCAAGAAGCCUUUUAGGUAGCACUGACAGUAGAACAGGAAUAUUUAUUUUUUUAUAAUUAAAAGUGAUACUGAAACUUUAAAGAAAAAUACAGCACCAAAAAUCAUCCCAGUCUCUGACCUUUUUAAAGCUGCCUCUUUGUGACGUACCAUUUUCAGGCUUGUUAGCAAAUCCCAUCUUGAAAUUCCUCUGUCUUCAUAGAUCCUCCAAUUGGCUUUUCAGCGACGAGAUUCAAGGCUGUAGUUUGUGUGCUUCAGUUGUAGAGCCACCAGACUUCCAUUUCUCUGCAGUAAAACAGCUGUUCUUCAAGAAACUAGGCUGGCCCCUUCCUUACAAUCACAGUAGGUGGAGUGGGAAUUGGAAUUGAUCUUCAUGGCACCAUCAAUCCAUGCUGUUGUCACCCAAAAGGCAGCAAGGAUUUGAUGCUUCAUCUCCAGGAAGAGUUCCUUGCUGUAAUUCAGGCCACAGUGUGAAUUGGUAGGGAUGGAACAAUUCAGGGGAAAUGUAUCUAUUCCAAUUUUUAUAUUAAAAAGGUUGGGAUCCAUAGUGCAGCUUUUUAUAAAAGCAAGGGGGCCUGGUUCUACUGAAUGGCUGCUAAAUUGGUCUGCAUCCUUUCACAGCUCAGUUUCAAGCACAGAACAAACCCCUUUCAGCCCUAACCACCAGGAGGGAGAAGUGUUGAAUGUUAAGCCACCCAUGAAGGAGGUUUCUGCUCUUAAGAGUUGUUUUGUUUGGUGUGUUUUAGCCAAACAGGAUAGAUGUGUGAGUUGAAGGUGAGGAUAAGUAGGAGCAGUGUGGCCAGGAGAUGGAUUUCAGCAUCUUUAUACUAAAUAUUGCUCUGGAGAUUUAGUUUUGGUUUAAUGAAGUGUUGCAGCUGAAAAUCCUUUGUCGAGAUGUGCUACUUUAUCUUGUUAGCAGGAGCAAAAGCACUGACCAUAAGCCUACUCAGCUUUUCAGCACACAUAUCUUCUCUGUUCUCUGCCAGGUUGCAAUUGGAAGGAAGUAAAAGAAAAAGGCAGGGAGCAUUUAGUUAUUCCAGGCUCUGUGAAAUGCAAGUGUUGGAGCUGAAAAUCUCUUUCUUGGUGUAAAACAAACUGAGUUGUCACUCGUUACGAUUGUAGCUUUUGACAAGAUGAUAAAUGGGAUGAUCCUGUGUUUGAUGCUGCUCUUCUGCUCAACAGCUUCAAGCAGCUUGGAGCCAAAGCCAGCUGUGUAAGAGCUGGCAUCUGCUACAGGUUAGUGCAUUUAGUCCUAGCUUUGAGUCCUGCCAAGAGCUGAAACUUGCUAAAGGUAGGAACAUUUUUUUGUCUAGCUAGAUCCUUGCUACUUUCUUCUCUGCUGCUCUUUGCAUCUGCUGAUGGUACUGAAUGUUGGUUUUUUUCCCCUUACCAGUGUUACUGCUUGUUUGGUUGGUAUGUAAUUCUCUACAGAGGAUGUUUUUUGCUGUAGUAAUCCCGAAGACAUCGUUUCUCUGUAUCAAGCUCCAGUGUCCAAAUGUGUUUCUUGCACUCUAAAAUACAUUAAAAUUUUCAUUCUAAUUUAAUAAAUGUAUCAUCUCAAUGAAA